GAUUGCAGCUUCCACUUUUUCACUUGCUUCGUGCUUUUUGUCUUGCUUGCUGAAAGGCGAAGCUGUGGACAGUUGGUUCAAUGUUCUUAUAAUCCUUUUAGAGUUUGUGGCUCCUGGUCAACCUCGGCCAUGGAUCACAUGGUGUAUGAUGGGGCGUUGUUGGAUGAUUCACAACUUCAGGAUCAGCUCGACCCGGAUGAAAGUUUGAACGAUGAAACAUUUGGUGGAGGGCUUGACGAUGGAAGUGCCUGGGAGCAAAAUCAGGCAGAGUUUGAGCGCCUGCGUCAGCAAGACCUCGGCUUCUUUUCACAUAGUCUUGUUGGUCGUCCUGUUGGUCCUCCUGAUUCAGUCCCAUUAGAGUCCAGUGGUCAAAGUCGAUUCGAGCGUGGUGCGGAUGCAGAUAUUUUUGGGCGAUCAGUGUCAUUCCCAUCCUCGUCUCAGGCGGAUAGUGAUUUGAUGCCCCCGUCAUUUUUCCAUAAUGAUGAGGAUAGCCAGCCAUUAGCUGCGCUUGAUAUCAACCAAACCCUGAAUCGUCUUUUGUCUGACACAGAAGAGGAAUAUGAUGCUGAACCUGAAACGAAUCAUAAUGCUGUGAGAGAAGUCCUGCAGCCGAAUGGAAGGGCUGCAGACCUCAAGAAUCAGUGGAAUUGGCAUGGUCAUCAGCAGCAGCAUCAUCAGUGCAUACCACGCAGAACUGCUACUGGCAGUAUCCAGUCGGCGGUGAAUGAGAUAAGUAAACUUGAUUUGAACGAACUGAUGAGUCCUCAUAGUAGACGACAGGAGUCCAUGCCCCCGUCACGGGCGACACCGACAGAGUCUAGUAUAUCAGUGUCGAAUCUACUUGCAUCUGGGACCGGUCUAGGCCGCCAGAAACAGCAGCAGCAACCGCCGCCGCCAAGGAACGCUGUUGAUCUGAGUUCUUUGCUCGGGGGUGGAAAUGCGCAGACGUCAUCGCCACGUCUCCCGCCCUCGUCUAAGGGUGGAAGGUUGGAGGAUAUUGAAUCUAGCAUCAGGCAACACAGCCACAGUUCAUCGCCAGUCCACGAUCGUCCUGACGGCUUUCGAAUGGGUCCCAAUGACCAUGGUCAUCAAACUGGUAAAGAAUGGCUGGAACAUAUGCAGGCAAUAGGCGCCCCGGAAGGCCUACAGAGAUCGAGUGUUGAUGCUGGUAUGCCACCUCGGCCGCCUCACAUGUUUCCCCCGAGACCAGGCAUGGCUAGGCAAAGCUCGCCCUCUCCAGCUGGCCCGCCAGCACCUCCGCGUCCCGAUGGAAGACCUGGCUUUCCACCAAUGCAUCCGCCUCCGCCGAACAUGCCGCCUCCACCGAUGCACCCGGCAUUUCGUGGAAUGCAGCCGCCACCCUGGCUCUAUGGCAACAUGCCUCCUCCACCAUCAGGCAGCCAGCGCAUGCCUGACAUACUCCAUUACCCUAUGCCGCCGGGUAUGCGACCACCGCCGCCACCUGGUGGUGUCGAUCCUAAUUGGCGUGGCCCUGGCCUACCUCCCAACUUCCGCCCUCAGCUGAUGCCAAUGGGACCACCACCGCCACCGAACAUGCAUGGAUCAAUUCCACCCCCUUCGGCAUCAUCCCCAUCUGGUGCGCCACCACGUCAGUCUUCGCAACAGCGACAUCAACAACAGCAGCAACAGCGCAAUGUUCUCGACUACCCGUUUGUGUUCAUGACCAACAGGGAGAAGGAUUGGAUACUCAAAGUGCAGCUUAUUCAACUCUCAAAGUACAGUAGCUACUUGGAUGACUAUUACUACCUGCGUCAUCGCCAGCGCAAUCCUUCCAGUCAGCCAAUGCUCGGCUUGCCGAAAAUGGAUGAUGACUUUGAAGUGAAGCCUGAGAAUCCGCAUGGCCGUGUUACGAUCUUUGAGGGUGCUCUCGGAGGUCGCAUAUCAGCCGGAUCUGUUCAUUGCCCUCGGCAAACGUUGCUGCUCAAUGCUCCUAUCAACGUGUCGAAAGCAACGAAUCCCAAGGAGGUCCAAUCCACCAUGCACCGCCGGCGCACGAUAAUGCACUCGAUUGAACGUGUGUAUGAUAAAGUGUUGGCAUUAGAGGAUCAGCAUCUUGAUCGUUCGUCGCCACCUAAUGAUGUCUCUCCGCAGACGUCACUGUCCAGCAUCUUCAAGCUGAUGAAAAUCCGCCCACUGCAGGAACGCGUCCAGGACUUGAAAGAUGUCAGCUUAGAUGAGCAUGCAGUGGCCUUCCUGUCCGUGCCCAAGGGAGCUCGGCUGGUGGUGCGUGUGUCUGCCAAGCUGUCUGUGUCUGAAGUGCAGAGCGUUGCCGGAUUGCUCUGCCAUCAUUUGUUCCCCUUCAUUAAGCGUGACGAGGACAAGCGGUCGGUGAAAGCUUUGCUCUCCGGUUUGAAUGAGCACCUGCAGCGAUGGUCUCUCAAUGUUCUAGCGUGCCUGUUGGACAUGCUUAUUGCGCAGCCAACGUUCAACAAGGUGGCCACGGUUGCCCUUCUCAUUGAGCAGUACCCAUCCACAGCGCUCUCAUUCUUGGUCGGAUUGGUGGAGAGUGCGUAUCGCCAGUGCACUGGGUCGCCGCAAGCCAGCAAUAGCUAUCCAGUGCAGCAGUGGUGUCAGCUAAGCCAGCGCAUGCUUGCACAGCUGGAACCGCAUCACGAAAUCCUUAUGCAGCACCUCAGCAGCACAGACAAGUCAGCAUACCGAACCCUGGUUCAGUACUUGGUAAGUAGUGGGCCUGCUCUGUUCACAUCCUCGACGCCUGGGACAGCCGCAGCCAGCAGUAGCAAUUAAAGUGGACGGUGAGCAGUGGCAUGACCGUAUAGCAAUGUUUAUCUGAGUUUUUGCUGUCUUUUUGAGACCAUUGGAGCUGAUCUGGCAUCAACGUCCAAGGAGCAUGAGUUGAUCUCUUCUUCAAAUGCUUCCACCUCCAGUUUUGGUGGAACGAAAGUCCAUACACUCUCACAUGGUGUUUGAUGUAAGAGACAUCUGGCUGCUUUUGAGUUCAGGUUUCUUUGGCCUUGGUGUCCGCGUUACAAACUGACUGUGUCGUCUCUCAUUAUAUUUCUUGUGUACUGCUGGCACCUGUGCCGUGUAAUUCUGACGUUCCGCUGACCAUGCAGCGACUACAAGUAAAUCUUUUUCUAGUAUAACAUUUUACAACAUACAUAUCCUGGCCACGGCCGGGUGCAUCUGACCUCUUGGUCGCUCUCUCGGUCUGUCUAAACAUAGUAACAAAUGGCACAUGAUUUAUUUCACCGUUCCGAACGUAUAAUACCUUUGCAUGCGUAACCGCUUCGCUCCCCUUACCAGUGUGAUAGCAUUCAUGUAAGUAACUCAUGCAACAUUAUGGUCUAUUUUUUGGCUCCUUUUUUACGUGCUGGCCUGUAUUGUUUCAGUUUCUUUGGCGGCCUUCGGCGCACAUUCUUGCUCUCCAGGAGCUUGAGUUGUAGUUUAUUAUUGUUUGUCUCGUCUUCUAUUCCUUUUUUGAUCGAAGAAAGUAUGUAGUUUGCAAGCAAUGUCAGUGUGUUGUGAUGCAACUGCAUUUAUUUACUUCAGCUGGCUGCUUAGAGCCUUACCUACAAUCUAGCUACGCUGUGCAUUUUAGUAUUGCAUUGCCUCUCACCGGUAACAGUAUAACAUAUUGAA